GAAUGUGCUAAUCCCUGUGCCAAACUUGGGAUGCAAUGGUGGGCAAGACAGAUCCUGUCCUGCCCUUCAUGGGGCUUCCUGUCUAGUGAGGAGAGAGACAUCAACGACCUUACAACAUCUGCACACAAAACGGUAGCAGUGAUAACUACUGGAAAAUAAGGAGAGGUGCAGGGUACUUUCAGGGCCUUUCACAGGGAACUGUCCUCAACCGGGGGUCAGGGAAGACUUCCUUAUGGAAGUGAGAGGGAACGAGUGGGAAAGAAAGAAGGCAUUCCAGGUGCGGCCCAGAGGCACAAGUGAGCUCGGUGGAGUGAAUUGGGCAGGUGAGGGGGCAGGCCUGGCAGGGAGGAGGCUGCUUGCUGGAGAGAACAGGGCCUGUGACCAGAUUUGCUGUGGGGUUGUGUUUGGGAGGCUCAGGAGUUUGGGGAGCAGUGAAGUGCUGGAAGCAGAGAGGUGAUGUGUUCCUGCAGGUUGAUUAGGAAGUUCCCUGGGUGCAGCAGGAGCUGGACAGGAAGCGGCUGUCAGUGGGGAGACUGGAUGGGUGCAGUGUUCGGGGCGGGGGGUGCAGCUGAGGCUGUGGCCAGGACAGAGGUUGUAGACACCCUUGGGACAGGGCCUGAGGCCCCCAGCAGGUUUUGCCACAGCCCUUAGCCCUGCCCUUCCUCUCUAGUGCUCACUCUUGCUCCCUGUGGAGCAGGUGAUUCCCAUCCUUGACCCCUGACUUCCAGUCUCAGCUCAGCCCCUUCUAGUCCCCGUCAGCAAGCACAAUGGGAAGAGUGGUCUCAGCAGUGUCUCCAGUCCCUCCUGGCUUCAAGGUUCUAUGGUUCUGUGAUUUCUGUGGUUCCAUUCUCUCCCCGUCUCUUUCCUUUUGUGUAUAUAAUUAUUUCCCUGCACUCCAAGACAAUCCCAAAUUACAUGUAGGCAAAAUGAUUAUUAAAUCUCAGAGAGAAAUCAUAGAUUUCAAGACAGCCAAAGCAGAGAGGUAGGUAGCCUGGGGCCUACCCUAUUCCUGCCCUCCUAACUGGCCCCAUGAAAUGAGGCACCAGGGACGGGCAGCAGGGUUUGUGGACUGACCCGGGCCCUGCAUACAAUCUGGGUCCCCAGGCCUGGAUGCAGAGCCCAGAUUCUUAAGUGCUUGGCUGUGCAGACUCUGCAGUUUAAAGCACAUUCCUAUCUGUUGAAUCCCCAACGUUUGGCAAGUAGAGGUGUGUCCUCCUAUUUUACAGGGGAGGAAAUGAGACAUGGAGAGGGAAAUCACCUGCCUCUCAAGUCUCUUAGCCAAGAUGGGGCAGACUUGGGACUUGAGUCCAGACCUCCCUCCCUUCCUUCCCUCCACUCUCCCAGGAUGGAAACAGAGAGGGGCAUUCUAAUGGAGAAGGGGAAGGGCCUGAACGUGAAGGCCUCCUGAGCAGGUGGCCGGCAAGGGCUUCUUGGGCGGGAAGAGUGUCCAGGCCUGAGGCUCUAGGGCUCCUGCCCCGUGGACCCUGCAUCUUCCUCACAGGGGAUUAGGAGCCCAGCUUCGGGGCCUGGCCUGGCUACAGGCAACCCUGUGAGUUCACAGCCGAGUCAUGUAACUCCAGAUUCCUACCAUCAUCCUCCCACCCUCAGACAGCAGCAGACUCUCGGCAGCGGAGUCUAAUUAGAGCGUGUGGUUGUCCCAGGGGCACAGGGCCUCUCCCCAGGGCGGCUAUGCCCUGGGGAGCUAUUUUUCACCAGCUUAAAUCCCCAGUCCCCUAGGCCAGUGGUCCUCAAAGUCUGUUCCUGGUACCAACAGCGGCAGCAGCAGCAUCACCUGGAAGCUUGUUAGACAUGCACCUCUUGAGCCCCACUGGGACCUACUGAAUCGGAAACUCUGGGGAGUUGAUGCGCACCUGGGUUUGAGAGCCCCUACUCUAGGCCAGGGCUCCCACCAGCUCUCAGGAAGCUCUGGUGAGGUUGGCAGGCCUGAGAUUAUCAUACCCACUUGGUGGUGGUGAGCCAGAUCGAUAAGCUAACCUCGGACUUUGACUUCGAACUGGAGCCAGAUGACUGGACCACAGCCACCGUGAGCAGCACCUCCAGCAGUGACAAGGUGGGCGUGGGCGGCCCCUUUGACCUGGGCCACCUGGACUUUAUGACAGCUGACAUCCUCUCGGAUAGCUGGGAGUUCUGCUCCUUCCUGGACAUCUCCACCCCCUCAGACUCCGUGGACGGCCCCGAGUCGACCCGGCCAGGGGCUGGCCCUGACUACCGGCUCAUGAAUGGCAGCGUGCCCAUCCCCAACGGGCCCCGGGUGGAGACCCCGGACUCCUCCAGCGAGGAGGCCUUCAGCGCUGGCCCUGUGAAGGGCCAGCUGCCCCAGCGGACCCCGGGCACACGGGAGAGGGUGCGAUUCAGCGACAAAGUGCUCUACCAUGCUCUAUGCUGUGACGACGAGGAGGGGGAUGGCGAGGAGGAGGUGGGCCUGUCCCCGGAGCCUCCCCACACAGAGGCCCACGCGGGCCCCCUCAAGCCCUCCCCGGCUCCCUACAAGCCGAGGCGCUCUCCACUGACUGGCCGCCGCUCAGACCCCACCUUGGCCCCCGAGCAGACCCGAAGGGUCACAAGAAACAGCAGCACCCAAACGGUGUCAGACAAGAGCACUCAGACGGUGCUGCCCUACAUGGCCACCAGACAGAAAGCCAAGGGGAAAAACUAGGGGCCGGGGAGGGAGCCGGGGAGCGGUGGGCACAUAGAGCUAUAAAUAUAUAUAUAUUUAAACAAACGCAGUCAUAAUAAAAUUUUAAAAUGCUAAG